CCCCUCGCCUGCGAUCGCGCGCCUUCCCGACAUGAUGGGGCAGAGCUGCGGCACCCGCAAGGGAGCGACAGAGCCCGCGGAGGCCCCCGGCGGCGAGGAGCCGGCCGCCGCGCCCGCGGGCGCGCUCGCUGGCGCUUCGGCCGCCCUGGAGGCGCUGGACCUCGACGACGGCAGCGGCGCAAAGUGCGCCUACGUCUCGUCCAGGCCGCUGGAGCCAGUGCGGCAGGGCAUCGUCGCGUCGGCGUUCCCCCAGUGCGCGGCUCCCUCCCAGGUCUUCGCUGUCAUCGGCAGCACCCCCAGCGGCGACACCAAGGAAUUCAUAGCUGUCGUCGACGGCCAGGGGGCUCCGUCGCUCGUCAUGGGGUGCUGCCAGAUAACGUACGAGGACCUCACGCCCUCCGAGUGCGUGGAGUACCGGUUCGAGGAGGACCCCUCCUGGACAAUGGCCCAGCUAUCUCUGGACGCUCUCGAGCACUAUAGGACGAUGAAGUUCGACGCCUGGAAGCAGAUGCUUCUCAAACCGACGUGCGAGGCCCAGUUCAGGCGGAUGCUGCAGCUCGGCGUCAUCACCCGCCUGUUCGACCCCGUGGUCUUCCCGACGCCCGAGGCGCAGAAGGAGAAGUACAAGGUCGUGGACGAGAAGACUGGCAAGCCCAUCGAGCUGCCGCAUCCGGUGAGCGAGCUCCGCGUCUGGUCGGCAUCGGACGGCAAGUACAAGGAGAUCGACGCGCACCUCGCCGGGGCCCCUGCCGAGGGCGAGGCGGCGGCAUGGUGGAAGGGCCUCCUCGAGCAGCUCCGCGCCGAGCACGGCGACGAGUACAUCUCCUCGCUCGCGCCGGGCGCCUGAGGCGCAGGGCGGGUCCGGAUCUCCGGCGGCGUGUUGUUGCAGCGCUGGCAGUUUCUAGGAGGUAGUUGUCGACCUCUGGGGUCCGUCGUCUAGCCCAGGGGCCGUCAGAAACGGGUCCGGAGGGCGGACAGAGCGCAGCCCAAGCUGGGCGCUGCCGCGCUGCACCACCACGAUGCCGCCGCGUGGCCUGGGCGGUCCGCGUGGCCUGGGCGGUCUCAGUAACCCUGGAGUGCGGAGCGCCCCAGGGGCGCCGCCACAGACGGUGUCAGCA